UCGGCCGGGACCCGCGCAGCGCCAGUGGCUCGGGGAGUCGGCCCCCGCCUCCUCUCUGCCCGGGCCUAGAGCCACCCCCAACCCGAGAGGCCGGCGACGGAGCUGGAGCGGCUGCCGCAUCCCGGCCCAGCCUUCCCCACUAUCCCUCCCCUCCCCGCUGGACAUCUGGACCCUGGGCCCCGCACCGAUAGGGUUCCGGAAGCCCUCCCCGCCCAGCUCGGCGGCCGGGCCCCGCGCCGCCCUCUCUGCAGAGCCCCCAGCCCUCCUCCAGACCAGACUUCCGCCUCCCCCUGGACGCCCCCUCCCUGUUCCCUCCCUCCCCCCCUCCCCCAGCCUGGAGCGGGGUAGGAGGGAGGGGGGGUGUGCGCCCUGCGCUGUCCCCGCCCCGCCCCCCGUGAUUCCCCCUGCAUGGCCGGCCCGGGUGGGGGGUGCGGGGGGGCCCGGGCGCCAUGCGGGGGGGGCACAAGGGGGGUCGCUGUGCCUGUCCCCAUGUGAUCCGAAAAGUGCUGGCAAAAUGCGGCUGCUGCUUCGCCCGGGGGGGACGUGAGUCCUAUUCCAUUGCUGGCAGUGAGGGGAGCAUCUCAGCUUCAGCUGCCUCAGGCCUGGCUGCCCCUUCUGGCCCCAGCUCUGGCCUCAGCUCUGGCCCCUGUUCCCCGGGCCCUCCAGGGCCAGUCAGUAGCCUGAGAAGAUGGUUGGAUCAUUCUAAACAUUGUCUCAGUGUGGAAACUGAGGCAGACGGUGGCCAGGCUGGACCAUAUGAGAACUGGAUGCUGGAACCAGUUCUAGCCACAGGAGAGGAGCUGCCAGAACUGACCCUGCUGACCACAUUGUUGAAGGGCCCUGGAGAUAAGACGCAGCCACCUGAGGAGGAGACUUUGUCCCAAGCACCUGAGAGUGAGGAGGAACAGAAGAAAAAGGCUCUGGAAAGGAGUAUGUAUGUCCUGAGGGAACUGGUAGAGACAGAGAAGAUGUACGUGGAUGACUUGGGGCAGAUUGUGGAGGGUUAUAUGGCCACCAUGGCUGUUCAGGGGGUCCCUGAGAGCCUUCGAGGCCGUGACAGGAUUGUGUUUGGGAACAUCCAGCAAAUCUAUGAGUGGCAUCGAGACUAUUUCCUGCAGGAGCUACAGCGGUGCUUGAAGGAUCCUGAUUGGCUGGCUCAGCUAUUCAUCAAACACGAGCGCCGGCUGCAUAUGUAUGUGGUGUACUGUCAGAAUAAGCCCAAGUCAGAGCAUGUGGUGUCAGAAUUUGGGGACAGCUACUUUGAGGAGCUCCGGCAGCAGCUGGGCCACCGCCUGCAGCUCAACGACCUCCUCAUCAAACCAGUGCAGAGGAUCAUGAAAUACCAGCUGCUGCUCAAGGAUUUUCUGAAGUAUUAUAGUAGAGCUGGGAUGGAUACUGAAGAGCUGGAGCAAGCUGUGGAGGUCAUGUGCUUCGUGCCCAAGCGCUGCAAUGACAUGAUGACCCUGGGGAGACUUCGGGGGUUUGAGGGCAAACUGACUGCUCAGGGGAAGCUCUUGGGCCAGGACACAUUCUGGGUCACAGAGCCUGAGUCUGGGGGGCUGCUCUCUUCCCGGGGUCGAGAGAGGCGUGUCUUCCUCUUUGAGCAAAUCGUCAUCUUCAGCGAGGCCCUGGGAGGAGGAGUGCGAGGUGGCACGCAGCCUGGAUAUGUGUACAAGAGCAGCAUCAAGGUGAGCUGCCUGGGACUGGAGGGGAACCUCCAAGGUGACCCUUGCCGCUUUGCCCUGACCUCCAGAGGGCCAGAGGGUGGGAUCCAGCGCUAUGUCCUGCAGACCACAGACCCUGCGGUCAGUCAGGCCUGGAUCAAGCAAGUGGCUCAGAUCCUGGAAAGCCAGCGGGACUUUCUCAACGCAUUGCAGUCACCCAUUGAGUACCAGAGACGGGAGAGCCAGACCAACAGCCUAGGGCGGCCAGGAGGGCCUGGGGUGGGGAGCCCUGGGAGAAUUCGGCCUGGAGACCGGGCCCAGGUCAGCACACACGCCCCCAUCAAUGGCUCUCUCCCCUCCCUGCUGCUGUUGCCCAAAGGGGAGGUGGCCAGAGCCGCCCUGCCCCUGGACACACAGGCCCUCAGUGACAUCCCCCAGGCUCCUCAUGACUCUUCUCCAGUUCCACCAAUUCCAAACACCCCUCCCUGCCGAGCCAGACUUGCCAAGCUGGAUGAAGAUGAGCUGUAACUGGUGAAGGCCAUGGGGGUGGUGCUGACUCAGCCACCGGAUUCCCUCAAGGAACUUCAGGGCAAUCCUUCUGGCACCGCCCCCGGAAAUCCUCCCUCUUGGUGUGUCCAGAGGGCGGGCAAGGCUGGGAGGGGUGUUGACUUGGAGGAGGGUACCUAGACUCAAAAGGACUUCUUUG